AACAUAAAAAAUCGAACUCAUACCCUUGUUGUACGCUAAUGGUCAAUUCAGUCUUCGCGUAGCCGCGCUCGACUCACAUUCACAGCUACAAUUCCCUCUUCGAAACCCUAGCAAUUGCAAUUGUUGAAUCACAACAACAAUCUGCUCAACCUCAGCUCCAUAUUCGACCAUUGCAAUUCCAAGAAUCAUCCGCUCGGUCCAUACUUCAGCCAUUUCUUCUCUCCUUUGUGCGUCGUGUGCGGGCACGACCCUCUUCGAAAUCGAAAUCUGAAAACCCUAAGACUGGUGAGCGACAUUUCUUGAUUCUUCUUACUGGCGGCCCUUUGUGCAACCAACGAAGUUCAAAUUAUUUUUCGAAAUCCUACUUCAGCUUGGUAAAUCCCGACUCUCAAAUCAGUUUUGUGAGGAGAUGAUGACGUUCUAAAGGCUUCUAGUCGUUCUUGUCUCCUUCCUUUUCUAUUUGCAGUUAUAUUUUCAGAACUUUUAACCAAUUCAAAUGGGAGUGAGACAAGAGGAUGGGUCCCUUUCAAAGAUUGUGCCUUCUAAAAUACAGGAAUUGCUUUAGUUAUCCAUUUGUAAAUAGAAAAACAUGUUUGGCAAUCACUCUUCAAAGGACAAUACUGAUGAAACUGAUGCUAAAGUAAAGAAGUAUCUUAGAGGUGAAGGUGCCAAUUUGGAGGCUUUACAAGAUAAAAAAUUGAAGGGCCAGCUUGCUGUCAGAGAAGAAUUAUAUGGAAAAUCUGCAAAAGCUGCUGCCAAGGCAGAGAAGUGGCUUAUGCCAAGUGAAGGGGGCUAUUUGGAAGCCGAAGGCACAAAGAAGACUUGGAGGAUCAAACAGCAGGCGAUUGCUCAAGAAGUAGACAUAUUCAGUUCAAAGAAUCAACAUGAUAUUGUCUUACCAGAUCUUGGUCCAUACACUUUGGAUUUUACUUCAAGUGGUCGAUACAUGGCACUUGCAGGACGUAAAGAUCAUCUGUCAAUCAUAGACACGAACAACUUGAGCCUUAUUAAAGAAUUCCAUGUUAGGAAAACAGUGCGUGAUGUAGUCUUCUUGCACAAUGAACAGUUCUUUGCUGCUGCCCAGAAGAAGUACCCUUACAUUUAUAACCGGGAUGGCAUAGAACUUCAUUGUCUUAAGGAGCAUGGUGCAAUAUUGAAGCUCCAAUUCUUGAAGAACCAUUUCCUCCUAGCUUCAAAAAACAAAUUUGGGCAACUCCAAUAUCAGGAUGUUACUACUGGUUUCAUGGUGGGUAAUUAUAGGACUGGUCAAGGCCGUUCUGACGUAAUGCAAGUGAAUCCCUUCAACGGAGUCGUUACUUUGGGUCACUCGACCGGUACAGUGAGCAUGUGGAAACCUACGAGUUCUGCUCCUAUAAAGAUGCUGUGUCAUCAUGGGCCCGUUUCAGCUUUGGCAUUUCAGUCUAAUGGCCAUCUCAUGGCAACUGCUGGUUUGGACAAAAGAAUAAAGCUUUGGGACUUGAGAAAGUAUGAGGUCCUUCAGGCCAUACCCGGCCAUGCCAAGACAAUGGAUUUCAGUCAGAAAGGUUUGCUUGCUGCCACCACAGGAUCUUUUGUGCGGAUUUUGGCAGAUUUAUCCGGAUCUCAGAAUUACAGCCGUUACAUGACUCAUUCUUUGGUGAAAGGGUACCAGGUAAGGAAAUUGUCAUUCCCACCUUACGAAGAUGUUCUGGGCAUAGGGCACCCCAUGGGAUUCUCUAUUCUUGUCCCUGGAUCUGGAGAACCCAACUACGACACUUGGGUGGCGAAUCCGUUUGAAACUCCUAAACAGCGAAGGGAGAAAGAAGUGCAAUCCCUUCUAGACAAGCUCCCGCGAAAGAUUGGUACAGUGAGACGUGCGAGGAAGGAGAAACCAAACAAGGAGGAAAGAGAAGCGGAGAUGGAAGCGGCCAUUGAAGCUCAAAAAAAAAGCGUUGGCUUGAAGAAUAAAACCAAGGGUAGGCAUAAGCCCAGUAAAAGGGAGAAGAAGAAGCAGGAAAUGGUUGAGGAGAGAGCGAAGAGGCCCUUCUUGGAGGAGGAAGAAUCGGUUAAAAGGAAAAGGCAGAAGAUGGGCGACGACGAAAAUCAACUUCCUAAAUCUUUGCAGCGAUUUGCACCCAAGAAAGCCACAUCAUGAUUCUAUUUGUGCUAUUUAUUAUAUCUGAGCUUUCCUGGCGGUUUUGUUCCUUCUUAAGUCUCUGGUCUAAAUGUUUAGUUAAUCAGAGCUGGUUUUACUAUUUGUUUAUUAGGAAGUUUUCUUCCUUCUCCGGUGGGCUUUGGUGGCUUCCAAGCUGUGGCCGCUUUAAGCCCCAAGUAUUUUGGAAGUGGAUUUCAGCUCGUGUGGUCACAAAGGCCCGGUUACUGUGGCUUCAGAAGGUGGGCAAUAUUAAGGCCCAUUACAAUGGAGUGAAAGGUCCUCGCUAUCCAUAUUUGGUUAAGCGGCUAAAGAUUCACCAUGGGCCCAAUUGAGGUCCAUUAUAUCGUUUUUAAGGUAAAAAAUCUGGCCACUUGGGGCCUAUUAGGUAGGCCUUUGUGGGACUUGGAAAUCCAGUUUCGGCUAAUUCCCGUGAUAUUUUUUAUGGGCCUGAAGCCGGUACACUUGAGAGCCCGUUGUGUAAGUUUUUAUCAGCUUUGACUUCCGCUUCGGCCCACUAGAAUGGUUUUUGUGGUCCUGAAAA